GGAAACAAACCAUCUUCUCUCUCUCUCUCUCUGCUGCAGGCUUACAGCAAACUCUCUGACCGCCUUGGGUUCACAAACUCUUCCGCACAGGAGCUCUCUCUCUCUCUCUCUAUUAUUGGCACACGCAUAGGCAGAGAAAAUGCCAAGCUCGGGUUCGCUUCUGAGGCAGCUCAGUGGGAAAGAAGCUUGGAGCUCGACCUCGAAGAGGUGGGUCGUAGGCGUCGGGAGCGGGAGCAAGAGGUACGGUUCCGCCAACGCCGGGAGGAGCUUGGACCCGAUGGAAGGGCUCGACCAGAUGUACGGCGGGGGCGGCGAGAACGGCGGGCUGGUGAUGAGGAAGCGGGUGAUGGUGGUGGUGGACGAGAGCUCGCAUUCCAAGCAUGCAAUGAUGUGGGCCCUCACUCAUGUCGCCAACAAGGGCGACUUGCUGACCCUGCUUCACGUCGUACCUCCUGGAGCCGAGAGAUCUUCUUCUCCUCCUUCCUCUGAUGCGUCCUCCUCUUCUUCUUCUUCUUCUUCUUCUUCCUCAACAACUUCUCCGUAUCUUGCCAAUUCACUCGGGUCUCUCUGCAAGGCUUCCAAGCCGGAGGUGGACGUGGAGGCGCUAGUGAUCCAAGGUCCCAAGAUGGCCACCGUGAUGAGCCAGGUGAAGAAGCUGGAGGUCUCGGUGCUGGUGCUGGGCCAGAAGAAACCGUCGACUCUCGUCCAUUGCCUGUGCGGGGCCAGCAGAUCUGAGGAGUUCGUGGAGCAAUGCAUCAACGGAGCGGAUUGCCUGACCAUUGGAGUGAGGAAGCAGAGCAGGGGCGUGGGUGGCUAUCUCAUCAGCACCAGAUGGCAGAAGAACUUCUGGCUCUUGGCCUGAAUUUGGGUCCCUUUUUCGCCUGUGUUUUUAAUAAUCAUGUGAAGUUGUUAAUUUCCUCCAGUCUAGCAUCAUUGCUGUAUUGUAGUAUAGUAGCAGUAGCAGGUGCGGAAUCCCAAGAAGGGGUUUAAUAUUUAGAUCAUAUGAUAUGAAUUUUAGCUGGUAUUGUGUAAUAAUUAUAGAAUCUAGGACCAGGGGAAGACCUUUAAUCAUGUAGAAUCUAAAAAUGGGUAGGUGUCUAUCGGAUGAUGUAGAGAUCUGUGGAGAUGGGAUGAGACUCUCUCUCUCUCUCCCUCUCGCUCUCCCUCCUUGGAAAUGGAAAUGGCAGGGGUGCAAAUCAAUACCCUGGUUUCAAAUUUAGA